GGCACUAGUUCCAGCCUGUCUCAUGUGUCAGUGUACCACCAAGCCUUCAGGCAGCUGCUCUCUGCAGGUUUGAUGCCCCGCUCAGAUCCUGGUUGCUUGCGCUGAAAAAAAUGACCCUGCCUCUCCGCCGUGUAGGAAUGGCCUCCACUGGGAACCUUUCUGAAGAGCAGGUGCACUGCUCCAUCUGUCUGGACGUCUUCACCAACCCCGUCUCCAUCCCCUGCGGACACAACUUCUGCCAGAGUUGCAUUCUGGGAUACUGGAAGACCAGCCCUUUGUACCAGUGUCCUAUGUGUAAGAAGUCCUUCUACAAAAGGCCUGAUAUCAGCAUCAACACUGUGCUGAGGGAGAUCGCAGAGCAGUUCAAGGAGAUAAGGGUCAGGAGCGUGGAGGAGAAGGGGAGUGAGGAUCAGGAAGAGGGGAAAGAGAAGAAGUGGGGGAUGGAGAGGAAGAAAAAGGAGGAUGAGGAGAGGCUCUUAGAGACAGAUCAGAAGCAGGAAGAGGAGGAGAGGAGGACGAAGACGCCACAAGAGGAGUUACCGCCGCUCAUCCCUCCUAAAACCUCUCCUCCACGGUCACCUCAGGGUCCGCCACCCCCUUUACCUCAAACAUCACCUCCACCCUCCCCUCAACUCCCUGCUCCUACAACCUCUCCAGCACCUCUGUCACCUUCGCUCCCACUUCUUUUCUUGGAGGAAGUCCUCUGUGAUGUCUGUCUCGGAGACGGCAGGCCCAGAGCGGUGAAAUCCUGCCUCGUGUGCCUGACUUCAUACUGCGAGGAGCACCUGAAGUCUCACUCAGCCAGGUUCACCAAGCACAAACUGAUGGAGCCGGUGGCAAACAUGGAGGACAGGAUGUGCCCGAAGCAUGAGAGGCUCCUGGAGCUGUUCUGUAAGAAGGAUCAGACAUGUGUGUGUGUGCUCUGCACGGAGACGGACCACAGGGCCCACUACACCGUACCUGUGGAGAGGGAGUGGACAGAGAAGAAGGCUCAGCUGAAGAGGACAGAGAUGGACGUCCAGCAGAUGAUCCAGGAGAGAGUGAAAAAGGUGGAGGACAUCAAACAUGCCGUGGAGCUUAACAAAGCCAGUGCUCAGAGAGAGAUCCAGGAAAGCGUGCAGGUCUUCUCAGAGCUGGUGCGCUCCAUCCAGAGGACCCAGGCCGAGCUGGUUUUGUCCAUCGAGGAGAAGCAGAGGCAGACGGAGAGGUGGGCCGAGGGUUUCAUCACGGAGCUGGAGAGGGAAAUCACUGAGUUAAGACGGAGGAAUACAGAGCUGGAAAACGUGGCUCGGACCGACCACAUUCACUUCUUAAAGAACUUCCCAGCUCUGAGCACACCUCCUCCUGUCAAAAACUGGUCAGAGACCAGUGUUCCCACUGACACCUGUGUAGGAAUGAUCAGGAGAUCUGUGUCCAUACUGGAGGCAACAUUGAACGAAAUGAUUGACAAACUGGCUGACAGUGAGAUCAAAAAGAUUGUUAAAUACACAGUGGACGUCACUCUGGACCCCGACUCGGCCAACCCCUGGCUGCAGCUCUCUCAGGACAGACAUCAGGUGAGACACCUGGGUGCAUGGCAGGACCUCCCGGACCACCCUGACCGCUUCGACACCGUCGUCAUCGUCCUGGGCCGUGAGGGCUUCACCUCAGGGAGGCAUUACUGGGAGGUCCUGGUAGGGGAAAAAGACGACUGGUACCUGGGUGUGGCUCGGUCCUCUGUUAACAGAAAAGGCCGGCUCUCCGUGAGCACCACGCAGGGUUACUGGGCUCUGGCCAUGAAGAAAGGCCAGGGCUACCGGGUGUCGACGUCCCCCCCGACCCUGCUCCCACUCGACGCCCGACCAAAGAGGGUGGGCGUGUACGUGGACUAUGAAGAGGGGCAAGUGUCCUUUUAUGAUGUGAGGGCUCGGACUCAUAUUUUCACAUUUAAAGAUAAGUUCACGGAGAAGAUCCUGCCGUUCUUCUACCUCUACUGCUGCGACAAAGCUUCUGACACCAUGGUGAUCUGUCCUGUGAAUGAGAAAAGCUUGAUCAAACAAAGCUAAUGAGAGCGAUUAAAUGACUAAAACAGAUCUGAAAAACCGUAAUGAAUGCAAAAAGGACCUUUUUGACUGUAGCAUUACCUGUUUUGAUGAAAACCUGAGUGGAAUUUAUAAUUUUUGUUAUCAAAAUUAAUGCCGUAGCUCAACAAUUAUGUUAUAUUUACAGCUUUAUGAACUGAAAUCAGAAAGUAGAAGAAUUACGCUUUGAAAAUGUUUAAACCAGAAAGUCCUGUGUCUGAACAUUUGAGCUAACGGGACUAGACGUGCUCUGCUAGCAAUGCAUUGUUUUAGAAUAGUUUGACAAUCUGGUACACAAGGGUUCUGACUUUUUGAAGAAUUUAACCUCCACCACUGUCCAGAUAUAAGGCAUCCUUAUCAAAGGGGAUAAAGCAUGUUGUCUUAAGUAUGUGGCUCUUAGUGUUUAGGGACAUUUUUGCUAUCUUGGUGCACAAUCAUAGUGCAAACCCAGGUGCAGAGAGUAAACAGCAUGGAUUAUGUGCUUAGAUUAUAAACAGGCAGGUUGUAAUCUCAAUUCAGAGUGUCAUCUCUCAUUCCCUUUAAGAGCAGUGUGCGCCUGCUGUCUGGUGUGUUAGUAUUUACACUGCAGAUUUUACUUUUUACUACUUAAUAGACUGGAUCAUUAGCUUCAAGCCACUAAACACGCAGAACAGACACAUGAUGCUGAAGGGUUUAAGUUAUAUUUCACUGAAGCAUUCCCACAACAUCAGAAAUGAUCAAAAUGAUUACACGAACACUUCUGCAUUAUGCACAAAAAUGUAUUUUCAUGAAUUUUUUAAAUGUCCAAACAUUUCAACAGGAUUGACAGAAUGCUGAUUAAACUUUUGCAAGUUCAACAUAACACAAAAGUAGACUGUAAACCUUUAGUUACUGGUUUUUACAGCUGAAAUCCUUGGUUAUGCUCUGGAAUGUGUGCGGGCCCUGGACAGUUUGUGUUUAUCUGAGGGAUAUCUUUCUGUGGUACAUCUGUAAAUUACAGUUAUGUAUAAGAUGUAUGAUAAAUCAAACUCCCUGUUGCAUGACAGCGUGUGAGUUUGUGUUAUUCUUUGUGUGCUUCUCUGUUUAUUAGACAAAACGUAAUUUGAGUAUAUCCCAAAAACCAACGAAAGUCAGUAAGCUUAGCAUGAAGAUUCAUAGCAGAGGGUAAAUGUCUCAACCUGACACACCAGAUGGACCGAUUCAUUUAUCCUUUGCCUGAGAUGUUUUGUCAUUGGAACACAAAACAUCAACAGACCAACAAGACCUUUGAUGUUGUAGGCAUGUGCAGCCCAGGUGACUAAACUACAUAGCACAAGCUGGGGAGUCCCAUCACCAUUGUUUUCCGGCUUAAACUAACUAAACUCUGCCUAUAGCGACCGCCACCUUCUCCCCAAAUGGGUUCCACCCAUAAAAAAUUUGCAAAAUCUUUGUUGCCAAUGCUAAACAGCUUAUUUUGCUGUUGAUUUUGAAACUUGUUUUGAGCAUCUGGUACCACAAGGUGCCAAUCAAAGGUGCCUGAUUGGCACCUGAUAAUCCUGGUAAAGUGGUCAGUAGUUGUCUACUCCAAGAAUCGGCAUGCCUUGUUUGACUGAUCUGGUUUGGGCCCAUGCAAUAGGCAACUUCAGGCUGGUUUUCUGCAAAACCAAGUUGUGGCAUUAUUUGGAGAAAGCCCUAAUGCAAUUUCCAAACUAAAGACCGAGUUCCAUAUAAUGGGGGAUUUCAGAGACAGGCUGCAAAGUGGGCACCCCAACAAGACGACAGACCAUUUUCUUUAACCUGUCACUCAGGAACUGUGGGCUGUCUUCUACAGAUUUGCAGUCAUGGGUUUGCAGUACAAUAUGGCUGACGACUUUCUGCCCAGACAAUCUGGAAUGGACUGCAUACAGCCAAUCGCUGGUCUCAUAGGACUGUCAGGAGGCCACCAAUGACUGCCUUCCAUUGUCAAGCCCAUUUGCCCCCUACAGAGUGGGGUUUAUCAGAGACUACCUCCAGAAUUUGGGAGUUGAUUGAAAUGUCUUAACAGCAGACCUGACCUCAACCCCACUGAACACUUAAGGGGUCAGCUUGGGCUACCGUUCGUGCCUGAGUGACAAACACAACCAUGUUGGCUGACACGUAACAAAUGCUGGUUGAAGAAUGGGAUGCCAUCCCACAGCAGUGUGUGACCAGGCUGGUGACCAGCAUGAGGAGGAGGAGGAACCAGGCUGUUGUGGCUGUGUAUGGCUCUUCAACACGCUACUGAGGGUCCUGUUUGUUAAAUGCAUUAAAUGUUAAACUGCCAAUAUGUCUUGUUUUUUAAGACUUCAAUCAUCCAGUCCACCAAACACCAAACAAGAGUCAAUGGCAGAAUCAGCUGUUUGGCAUUGGCAGAGAAGAUCUGGCACAUUUCUUCAUGGGCGCCACCCACAUACUCAGCUCUGCUGCUCAUCCCACAAAUGCAUGAUCCUUACAGAGUGAAAGGGAAAUAAACAGGCUUUCCAACAUUAUAAGAUUUGUUGUGCUUGGUAUAUAGCAUUUACAUCCAUACAUACAUAUAUGGGGGGAAAUAAAGUAAAAAUCUAAUUGUGAUUAUUUUGUUAAAAGUCGUUAAAGCUCUAUAUAGCUUAUUUAAUGCAUAUGACAGAAAUAUACAUGUAAAUUAAAUAUACCUUUAAAAACUGCCAAUACUUUGCUCAUUGCAUUGCUUGCACUGGGUUGAAUUUUGUGUUUAGCACAUUAAAGUUAGCCUUGUUAUUCACCUAUAUAAUUGUGUGUAGUAAUUCUAAUGAAGCUUUGUAUUUGUUCCUUUAAUUAAAUUAUAUGUGAUGAUAUUUGUGUAACUUAGCUUUUCCUAUUUUGUAAUUCGGGGGCUCUGAUUGUGAGAAUAAAGUUAAUGUGCCCCCCAGUAACUUAAUUUGCCCAGAAAGAUAGAGAAAGAUAGCUAUGACUAUAUUUUUUUAAUGCAUGGCUGACAAACUAACAUCAGAAUAAAUACUGGUGUUUUUGUCCUUGAUUUUCUGAGUGCGUGUAUCUUCA